AUGGAAACCUAUAAUAACACCAACAACAGUAAUAAUAAUAAUAAUAAUAAUAAUAAUAAUAAUAAUAAUAAUAAUAAUAAUAAUAAUAAUAAUAAUAAUAAUAAUAAUAAUAAUAAUAAUAAUAAUAAUAAUAAUAAUAAUAAUAGUAAUAUAAUAAAAAAUAAUAAUAUAAGUCAUAGUUUUGAAUCAAUGUCCUCAUAUAGUAAUAAAAAUAAUAAUAAUAAAAAUAAAAAUAAUGAUAAUAAUAAUUACGAAAAUAAAAAUAAUGGUGUUGUAGAAUCAUCAAAUACAGCAUCGAAACAAUUUGCACAAAGAAUAAAAAUUAGACCAUAUAUGACUGCCGACAAAGAAAUAUUAUCAAAUAUUUGUAGAUUACCACAAAAUACAGAUUUUAAUACAUUAAAAGCAUAUUCAAUAAGUUCAGAUUAUUCCAUUAGAAGAGCAAUGAGUCAAAAUGGAUAUAUGUUUGUAGCAGAAGAUAAAUUCGAUAAUUCUGUUAUAGGAGGAAUUUGUAUUGCAGAAAAAAAAUUAAAAUUUAAUGGAAAAGAAAGAAUAUUUUUUUAUUCAUUUGAUGCAAUUGUUCAACCAAAAUAUAGAAGUUAUAAAAUAUUAACGAAAUUAACAGCACAUGCAACAGGAGUUUAUUUAAAACAUUGGAAUUUUGAUCCAAUUGUUUAUAGUUCAACAAGUACAGGUCAUUUUAAUAUGGAUAGAUAUUAUGAGAGUACUGGUAUGGUUAAGUUUAUAGAUCAAAUUCAACAUGCAUGGAAAUUGGAUAUUGCAAUCAAUCAUUCACCAUUAAUCUAUAUGAAUAGAAAUAGAGCAUGUAGAAUUUGGAUUGAAAAAGAUACUGUAUUCAUAAAACAAAAAUUUAAUCAAUAUUUUAACAACUAUGAAAUGUGUCCUGUUGAUUUCGAAGAUUUAAUAUUAAAUAAAUAUUGGAAACAAACUUAUUUCGCAACUUACCGUUGUCCAAAUGGAAAAAUCAUUGAAGCAUCAAUAAGUUUAUGGGACCAAAAUAAAGUUUGUACUUUAGUUAAUUUAGAUGGUUCAAAACAAAAUGUUUCAAAUUAUGGUAAUAGAAAUCCUUCAUCAUCAACUAAUGAUUCUUUUAAUUUUUUAAAUUCAAACAAUCAAAGUUAUUAUUAUAAUCCACAUAAUUUACAAGAGAAUCAAGAGAAUCAGUUUCAAAAUAAUAUAAAUUAUAAUGGUAAUGGUAAUAGACAUCCAAUUAAUCAUGGUAAAUUAAAUUUUUUACAAUUGUAUGCAUGUUAUACUAAUGAAACUCCAAUGGAUGGUGGUAUUAAUUUAUUUCAUGAACUUUUAAAAUUUGUACACAAUGAUUGUUUAAAACAUAAAGUUGAUUACUUAUUCAUUGGUUUGGCUAAAACUGAUCCAAUUGAAACUCAAUUUCCAUUGUUACCAGGUAUUAAAAGUUUAAAUUUUACUCUUCAUUUUUGUAUGGGUAAUCUUGAUAAAUCUUUACGUGAAAAAAUUUCAACUCGUCCUUUCUUUCAAGAUCCAAGAGAUUAUGGUAUAGUUAUGUUUCAUUCAACAGAUCCAAAUAAACAUGAACCAUUAUUAUCAAAUUCUCCAAUUUCUUCAAAACUUUGA